AUGCAGGGGACUCUGGCAGCGGCGGAGAGCGGCAUUAUCAACGGCCACCGCUCCUCUGCCACCAAACUCCCCGGGCUGUGGAGAGCCCCGCGGGCUGGAUGCCACGACUGCACGGGCACGCGGGGCCUGCAGGUCGGCGUCCCGCGCCCACCAACACGUGAGAAGUGCCUGGAUCGGACCCAACAAACCAUCCCUGAUAUUCCUGUGGAUAGGUUGUCCAUUUCCUAUUGCCGGAGCAGCGGCCCUGGAGGCCAGAACGUUAACAAAGUAAACAGCAAAGCAGAAGUUAGAUUCCACUUGGCAUCUGCUGACUGGAUUCCAGAAGAUGUGCGGCAGAAGAUGGCUGUGCUGCACAAGAAUAAGAUCAGUAAAUCAGGUGAUCUCAUCAUAAACUCCGAAGUGAGCCGCUACCAAAUGAGGAAUCGGGCUGAUUGUUUGCAAAAGAUUAGAGACAUGAUUCUACAGACCACAGAGAAGCCUCAAGUGAAACGCAAGGAGACUUCCGAGAUGCUCAUAGCCAGGGUGGAGAAAAUGAAUCGCGAACGACUACGACAGAAAAAGCUUCGCUCAUCCCUAAAACAAGAUAGGAGUGUAGACUUUGACUGAAAGCAGCUUGGAAAGAAUUCUCUUGAUAUCCUCUUUAAAGUGGUUCCCCUGGAAGCUGAAAAGGAUGAUAGAUAGCACUGUGAACUACAUUUAAAAUGUUGGGGG